AUGGUUGAAAACAACACAACUGCUGCAAGAAAUGCUAGCACAUCCUUACAGAAAGCAAUCAAUGUGAAUGUCAUGGUAGUGCAGGUGCUAAUUGGAAUAUUCCUGUCUAUCAAUUUCCUGCUCAUCUUAACUUUCUUCAGAAGAGAAAUAUUUUACACAAAUGCACGCUAUAUCUUAUUCGCUCAUACACUGCUGGCUGACAGUCUUUUCCUGAUUCUGACUGACAUCCUUCUGAACCUGAUCUAUUUCAGAAUCACUAUGCCAGCUUGGUUGUGUCUAAUCAUUUGUACUGUAUUGAUUGUGUUGACCUUUGUCACUCCUCUAACCCUGACAGCCAUGAGUCUGGAGCACUACGUGGCUAUCUGCAUGCCCCUGCGAUAUGGAGAGCUUUCUACUCCUCGCAGAGCUAUACACUGUAUCUUUAUCAUCCACAGCCUCAGCUCCAUACAGGCCAUCAUAACAGAUUCUAUGUUCUUUGCCUCUGUUCCUCUUGCCUUCUACGUGCAAUACAAGUUGUGUACUUUGGAGAUGCUUGUGAUCCAUCCGUGGCAGGGUCACCUCACAUCUGCUAUAAGCCAGUUCUACUUCCUAGUCAUGUCUGUCACAAUUGUUUUCAUUUAUGUUAAAAUCAUGUCUGUUGCCAAAGAAGCGUCGGUAGAGAAUAAGACAUCCACCUCCAAAGGUCUCAGAACUGUGAUCCUACAUGGUGUACAGCUGAUCCUCUGUCUGAUACAGUUAUGGUGCCCCUUCGUUGAGACUGCUAUAAUACAGAUAGAUUUGAGAUUGUAUAUUGAUGUCAGGUACUUUAAUUACAUUGCUUUUAUUCUGGCCCCAAGGUGUCUCAGUCCACUGGUUUAUGGCCUGAGGGAUGAAACGUUUUACCAUGCACUGAAAGAGAUUAUAUUGUGUGGGUUCAGAAGAAAAAAAGUAUUUGUAUAA